CUGCUUACUUCGUUCAGUAAACUUCAUCCUAAUAAUCUUCAGACACAAUGGCUUUUAAGUUCGGUUGCCUGUGCGCUCUGCUAGCUGUCGCACAAGCCGGAGUCAUCUCAUCCCCGGGCCUGGCCUACACCGCCUCAGCUCCUCUGACCUAUUCCGCACCGUUGACCAAAACCUUGGUGGCCGCUCCAGUGCAGAAGCAGAUCAUCGCCGAAGCGUACAACACCAACCCACAGUACUCAUUCUCGUACGGAGUGUCCGAUGCAGUGACUGGUGACCAGAAGUCGCAGCAGGAAUCUCGAAACGGAGAUGUUGUCCAGGGAGCUUACUCUCUGAUUGAACCUGAUGGCACCAAGCGAACUGUUCAGUACACCGCUGAUGCUUAUCAGGGAUUCAACGCCGUUGUCAGCCGGGAACCAUUGAAUGUCAAGACCAUUGCCACUGCCCCAGUUAUUGCCUCCAAGAGUUUGAUCGCUCAGCCAGCCAUCGCUAAGACUGUGAUCGCUCAACCUGCUUACGCCUCUUAUUCGACUCCUCUGGCCUCCAAGACCAUCGUUUCUCAGCCAGCUUAUGCCUCGUAUUCUACUCCAGUGGCCAAGACCUACGUCUCUCAACCUGCUUAUGCUUCGUACGCCACUCCUUUGGCCACCAAGACUGUUGUCUCUCAGCCAGCUUACGCCUCUUACUCCGCUCCGUUGGCCAAAACCUUUGUAUCUCAGCCAGCCUACGCCACAUACGCCGCUCCUCUGGCCACCAAGACCAUCGUAUCGCAGCCAGGUCUGGCCAGUUAUGCCUCUUCUGGUACCUAUGCUUACACCAACUGAAAGCAAUAUGGUUAAAUUUGUAUGAAGACACCCCGCAGCUACACAAAUAUUUAAUCAAUAUUAUUGAUUAUUGAUAUUCAAUAAAUGAACGCAUGACUA